UUGGGGAGUGCUGUCUUUGGCUCUCUGUGCGAUAGCCGCAAUGGCCUCUUACACUGCUUACAGUGGCUACACCAAGCCACCUCAAUCUUACGCAGGUUCUUACUAUGACGAGAAGCAGGCCAAGACAUAUGCAGAUUAUCAAGAAUCUCUAUAUGAGGAACAAAAGAAGAAAGAGAAGAAAGACCGUCGGGACGCCAUCUGCUGUGAGGUAGUGGCCCUCAUCAUCGGUUUCAUUGGACUAAUCGGAGUGGCAGCCGUGACAGGCCUGCCGAUGUGGAAGGUCACAGCUUUCAUCGAGGAGAACAUCAUUGUGAUGGAGACCCGCUGGGAGGGUUUGUGGAUGAACUGCUACAGACAAGCCAACAUCAGGAUGCAGUGCAAGGUGUAUGAUUCCCUGCUGUUUCUGCCCCCCGACCUUCAGGCUGCUAGGGGUUUGAUGUGCAGCUCUGUGGCCCUGGCCACCUUCGCCCUCGUCGUUUCAGCAGUGGGGAUGAAGUGUACCAAAGUGGUGGACCAUCGGGCUCGCACCAAGCAUAUUGUUCUUGUUGCUGGAGGCUGUCUGUUCCUCUUGGCCUGUCUCACUACCAUAAUCCCUGUGUCCUGGACCGGCCAUGUCAUCAUCAGGGACUUCUACAACCCUCUGCUGCUCGAUGCCCAGCGCAGGGAGCUUGGGGAGGCUCUUUACAUCGGCUGGGUGACCUCAGCUUUGCUUUUCACUGCCGGAGUGAUCCUGCUGUGCCGUCAUGCUCCCCGCACCCAGGACUCAGAUGAAAGGAUUGUAUACAACCCCGACGGAAAUCUCUACCAACCUGCAUACACGUACCAGCCAGCGUACACGUACCAGCCAGCGUACACCUACCAGCCUCCCUACUCAGCACCCCCACCAGGAUCUGUAGCAUACACACCAAGUCAGUACUAAUGAGGGAAAUCUAACACAGAGGCAAUUUUGGACACCUUUAUUUAUUUUUUUUUGACUUGCCAAGAUUUGGCACAUUUGAAUGAGUUUUAAUUGACUAACAUGCCCAAAGGCUGUCACUGGAAAUGGCUACAUUUGUCAUUACUUUCUCAAACUGCUGAUUGAAAUUCAUCAUGGAACUGAUGGUGUUUUGAUCAUGAUGAACUGUGCUGAAUAAUGCUUUGUUUGUUUCCAUAUGCUUAGUUUACACUAAAUUAUAUCAGUCAUUCAAAAGUAUUUUUAAUCUGUAUUAAUACAAUAGUUGUUGAUAUCACUGCUGACAUGCUAUUUGAGGACAAAGUAUGCACUAGGCCUCCAGAUGAUUUGUGUUCAUUGCUUUGUUUUUGUUGUAAAUGUACACUAUUUUUAAAAAAGCUGGCCUAUAUAAGGUCAAUUGUUGUUUCCAAUAAAGGAAGAGGUAAUGUUGACAAAUA